AUGGAAAACGAAAAAGAAGAAAAAUCAGCAGAUAUAGAAAAUAAAUGUUCAGAAGAUAAAUCUGAUUCUUCUUCACAAAUAAAAAAUACAAAAAAUGUUCAAUUAUGGAAAUCUAAAGCUACAAAUACUACAAAUGAUGAGUUAUUUAAUCCACGACACACACAAUCGCGGGAAAUUCAAACGGAUAUUGUUGAUAUAGAAACAAUAGAAAUUAAAAAUCGAUUAGAUACUUUAAUGAAUUCUUUAGCUACUCUUUCAGCAGAAAAAUCUAAAAUGGAAGCAAAUUUUCAACAAGAUAAAAAGCAAUUAAGAAAUGAACGGGAUGAAUGCGAGAAAGUAAUUAAAGAUUUAAAAGAAAAAUUAAAAAAGGCGCAAACAAAUUAUUCAGAAAUUGAACAUGUAAAAUGUAAAUUAAUUAUGGAACGCCAUGAAAGGGAAAAAGAACAAGCUGAUCAUGCAAAAAUGAUAAAAGAACUUCAAAAAUUAUUAAAUGAUGAACGACGAAAUAAAGAACAACUUGAAAUUCAAGUAAAAAAUCAAUUUGCAUAUAAAACGCAAUGUAAAAUACUUGAAACUGAAUUAGAAAUAACUAGAAAUAAACUUAAACAAGCACAAGAAGCAGCUAUAGAAACACCUCCAAUUCUUUUAUCAUUACAAUCUAAAAUGGUUCUUAUGAAGAAACAACAUUUGAAUGCAAUACAUGAAGAGCAAAAAAGGACAGCUGCUGCAGAACAACAAGCUAGAGCAUUAGCAAUGACUCAUGAAGCAAGAGUAGCUGGUUUAGAAGCAAGAUUAGCUGAACUUUCAGAAAUUGUUGGAGGAUAUGAUAGACUUAGGCAGCAAGAUCAACAAGCUAUACAAAAAUUGAAAGAUCAAUUAGUUAAUCUACAAAAUUCUGAACAUGAUUAUAUUACUUUAAAUAAUGAACCUGAAGAAAUUAUUUCUAGAAUAAAAAAUCUUUAUAAUAAAUUAUUAGAUUUAGAUAAUAAAAAAACUGAAUCACCAUAUGUUAAAUCUUUAUUACAUAGCUUAAAUUUAUGUGAUAAACAACAAGUUAUUGAUUAUAAAGAAAAAUAUGAAACUCUAUUACAAGAAUUAGAAGAUUAUAAACAACAAAUGAAAUAUGCCAGUGUUGCAAAUAUAUCAUAUAAUAUGCAGAAUCAAAAUAUUACAUCAUCUCAUGAUAAAAAUAACAAAACACAAUUACAUUUUUUAAAAGCAUAUAAUAACAAUUUAGAAGAAAGAAUACGUGUUUUAAAUAAUGAAAUUAUAAAUAAAGAAAGGGAAUUGCAAUUGAAAUUAGAACAUCAAGAAAAGUCAUUUCAAGAAGAGCAUGGAAAAUUGAAACAUUUAUUAUUACAAAAGGAUAAUGAAUUUCGUAAUAAAAUAUCCACAUUGGAACAACAAUUAUUACGCCAACGAGAACGAUCAAUGGCCCUUAUUGAAGAAAAAGAUAAAGAAAUUUUAACUUUAAAAACAUCAUUCCACGCAUUAUUACCUAAAAAAGAAAGUACUAUAGAAAAUAAACCAAAUACUCUAAAACAUGAAAAUGGAACAGAACCAAUAACCGAUUUAGUAACAGGAUUAUUAACAAGCGAUAGUCCUCCAAUAUUGCAUUAUAGUCAAGAAUUAGCAAGAAAAGAAGUUCAAGUAUCAACAUCUAGAAAAAAAGUUUUAGAAUUAGAAGCUACAUUACGAGAAAAACAAAGAGAAAUCGUACAUAUAAAAGAGAAACAGAAAGAAGACGUAAAAGUUUUACAAGCUCAAAUUGCUAGGCUUGAAGCUUGUAAAUCUAGAGAAGGGGCAAAUCUUGAAUAUUUGAAAAAUGUUUUUAUUAAUUAUUUAACUACAAGUGAUGUUUCAAGUAAACGUCAUAUGCUAAAUGCUAUUUCCACAGUUUUGCGUUUUACUUCAGAAGAAUUAAAUAAGGUAAAACAUUAAAUAAUUAUGAAAUGUAUAAAAAUAUUACAUACAAAUUAUUAGUUAAUUUGAUACAUCGUAAAAUUUAUUUACUUCAAUGUAUUUUUAACGUUAUUGCAAAAUAUUUAAUAUUUCAGAAAUAUAUAUUAUUAAUAAUGUUCAUAAAUUAAGAAAUCUAUUAUUAAUUUGAAUCGUAUUAAUAGAAAUAUUAUUUUGUAACAUUUAUAUUACACAUUAGUUUUAAAAUUAAAAUAAGAUAUAAGCAUAAUAUCUUGACAUUCCUUGCAUUAUUUAUAUAAUUUUAAAAUUUAAAAUAUGUAUAUAUAAAAUAAAAAAAAUUAUAGAAAUAUAGUUGUAAAAUUUAUAAUU